GUGAGGCGCAGCCUUCGCAUUUGUUCGGCUCUAUGGCGGCCCCAGUGCUUCACACGCGGUUACCUGGAGAUGCGGCCGCCUCGGCCUCUGCGGUGAAGAUGCUGGGCGCAGCCAGGCCUGGGAUUUCAGAUGUGCUUGAAUUAGAGAAUGAUUUCUUCAACUCUCCCCCAAGAAAAACUGUUCGAUUUGGUGGAACUGUGAGAGAAGUCUUGUUGAAGUACAAAAAGGGUGAAACAAAUGACUAUGAAUUGUUGAAGAACCAGCUGUCAGAUCCAGACAUAAAGGAUGACCAGAUCAUUAACUGGCUGUUAGAAUUCCGUUCCUCUAUCAUGUACUUGACCAAAGACUUUGAGCAGCUUAUCAAUAUUCUCCUGAGAUUGCAGUGGUUGAAUAGAAGUCAGACAGUGGUGGAGGAAUAUUUGGCUUUUCUGGGUAAUCUUGUAUCAGCACAGACUGUCUUCCUUAGACCGUGUCUCAGCAUGAUUGCUUCUCAUUUUGUCCCUCCCCGAGUGGUCAUUAAGGAAGGUGACAUAGAUGUUUCAGAUUCUGAUGACGAAGAUGAUAAUCUUCCUGCAAAUUUUGACACAUGUCACAGGGCCUUGCAAAUAAUAGCAAGAUAUGUCCCAUCGACACCGUGGUUUCUCAUGCCAAUACUGGUAGAAAAAUUUCCAUUUGUUCGAAAAUCUGAGAGAACACUGGAAUGUUAUGUUCAUAACUUACUAAGGAUUAGUGUGUAUUUUCCAACCUUGCGGCAUGAAAUUCUAGAGCUUGUCAUUGAAAAGUUACUCAAGCUGGAUGUGAGUGCGUCCCGGCAGGAUAUUGAAGAUGCUGAGGAAAUAGCAGCUCAAACUGGUAGUGGAACAGACGCCACAGAAGGACUUUUUAAUAUGGAUGAAGAUGAAGUUCUUGAACGCGAAACAAAGGCUGACCCUGAAAGGCUCAGUCAGAUGGUCCAUCCUGUCGCAGAACGCCUGGAUAUCCUGCUGUCUUUACUUUUGUCCUACAUUAAGGAUGUCUGCUAUGUAGAUGGUAAGAUUGAUAUCAACAAAACAAAGGAUUUAUAUCGUGAUCUCAUAAUCAUCUUUGACAAACUCUUGUUGCCCACCCAUGCCUCCUGCCAUGUACAGUUUUUCAUGUUUUACCUCUGCAGCUUUAAGUUGGGAUUUGCAGAAGCAUUUUUGGAACAUCUCUGGAAAAAAUUGCAGGAUCCAAAUAACCCUGCCAUCAUCAGGCAAGCUGCUGGAAAUUAUAUUGGAAGCCUUUUGGCAAGAGCUAAAUAUAUUCCUCUUAUUACUGUAAAAUCGUGCCUAGAUCUUUUGGUUAAUUGGCUGCACAUAUACCUUAAUAACCAGGAUUCAGGAACAAAGGCAUUUUGUGAUGUUGCUCUUCAUGGACCAUUUUACUCAGCCUGUCAAGCUGUGUUCUACACCUUUGUUUUUAGACACAAGCAGCUUUUAAGCGGAAACCUGAAGGAAGGUUUGAGGUACCUUCAAAGUCUAAAUUUUGAACGUAUAGUGAUGAGUCAACUAAAUCCUCUAAAGAUUUGCCUGCCCUCAGUAGUUAACUUUUUUGCUGCAAUUACAAGUAAAUACCAGCUAGUCUUCUGUUACACUAUCAUUGAGAGGAAUAAUCGCCAGAUGCUACCAAUUAUUAGAAAUACAGCUGGAGGGGACUCAGUGCAAACCUGCACAAACCCACUGGACACCUUCUUUCCCUUCGAUCCUUGUGUGCUUAAGAGGUCAAAGAAAUUUAUUGAUCCUAUUUAUCAGAUAUGGGAAGACAUGAGUGCAGAAGAGCUUCAGGAGUUUAAGAAACCCAUUAAAAAGGAGGUGGUGGAAGAUGAAGAUGAUGACUUUUUGAAAGGAGAAGUUGGGAUCACACCAAGCUCCUUUGACACGCAUUUCCGAAGUCCUUCAAGUAGUGUGGGCUCCCCGCCAGUGUUGGACUUGCCAGACCAUUUGCCUCUGGUGGCAAGGAUUUGUGAUUGAGACAAACAUUCCUCCCCAUCCUGCCCUUCAGUACCAGGUUGCACACUGUUUGAACUUCACAUCAAACAAGAGGGAGGAGCUGUCUCAGGCAGCUUACUUUCAUGUUAGACUCACUAUAGUGUCUGAACAGACAUGUGUUUCUUUUUGCUCCCGUACAGACAAAAGGAAAAGACUGAAUAUCAUGUGCAAUAUUUUACAAUAGAGUUGAUGAUAAACAUUGAAGGCUUAGCUUGUUUAAUGUAUACAUUAUUUAUGUGUUACAGCUUUUUGACAUAAUUAUUGUGAAAUUUGUAAUAUCGGCAACAACCUGUUUUAACAGAUUGGUUCUUUAUUUUAACGUAGGUUUUGGUCACAGCCACAAGUACAGGACUUUGCCAAAUGAGUGAAAAUCCUCUAGGACACUAUUAAAGUUUUUAGAAUGAGUGUAUUUUGGGUACAUUGUUUACCCUGUGCUGUAACUGUAUUUGUGUGCUGGGAUUUAGUGGGGUGCAGAGACACAGGAGGAAAGUGGGGAGAUGGGCAGAGCUGGUCUCCCAGGUGCUGAAAGUUGGAGCUCUCCAAGCACGUCAGAGACCAUGAAGGGCCUGUAGGGAAGAGAGAGAGGAUUUAGGGAAACAGAUCAUAUGCUGGUGAGUGUUAAAAUGGAUUUAAAAGAAAAAUGGAGUUCAGGUAAAAGUAAUUCCCAUUGACUGAAAGUGGGGUUGGACUUUUACAAAACACAAGCACAGAGCAUUUUACCCUGAAACUCCCAAGAAUGCUGUUAGAACUGAAACUACUUGUGUGUAGUGGAAUAUUACCUUUUUUUUUUUUUUAAUUUUUACCAGAAUCAGUAGACCAGUUUUCAUCUUGAAAAUUUCCUUGGGAGUAUAGGGUACAGUUUAGGUUAUUUGGUGGGAUGGUUUUGCUAGCAACAAAAGCCAAGGUUACAUCUACAUUCUUUGUCCACUGGCUAUUUGUAUCAUGGGUUCAGCUCAGUGAAACCCUCUGUCCAGGUUCUUUUUGUAUUUUUAUAACUAAACACAGAGAGCGGUGUCUAAACCUUGCUUUAUAACAAAUUUGUGCAGGCAUUGCUAGAGUCAUUUUGAAGUUCGUGCAUAUUUUGGCUUCAUUUAUUUGUAUACUUUUUUUGUUACUUUUUUGUGAGAAUGGACAUCUUUAAACAUAUUUAUUUUCUGCCCGUUUUCCUGUAUUUUAUUUAAGGGCAAGUAAUAUUUUCUUGAUGAGAAAUAUUUUGUAAUGAAAUACUUUCCUAGGGCUUUGUAUGCUCUUGUAUAAUUGUAUUGAAGGCAAUGUAGAGUUUGAAUUUCAGUCUAUAAAUACGUUUUUGGAAAAGAUGAGUUUAUUGCUUUAAAAAGUUUUGAAUAUUGGUGAUUUUCUUUUGGUGACUUUGUGGAAAGUCAUUUGAGGACGUUUAGGUUCUCUGUUUUUUAACUGCUGACAAGGUGGGAUUUUUCUAUACUGGAUAAAAUGAGUAAAUGAAAUGUGUCCAUAGAAAUGAAUGGUAAAUGGGGUCUUUGUGGGUUGGGAAGUAACUUGAAUGUAGAGGGACAUGUUUAUAAAUAAGUCUGUUUAAUUUCAAGGGAGCUUGAGAAAAAAACCCAUUGUGACAAUAAAACAGUGACAUGGUUAAUCUGGAACUAUUGUUAGGUCAAUAAAGGAAGAGGCUUCACACACAAAUAUUCUUUUGAUUGAUUUUUUUUCUUUACUGAUCUAUGUAUUAAAACAAUGGAAAACUGCAACUGAGAUUUUACUAUUAAAAAGGUAAAAAUAUUGCCACUGUGA